AGAAGAUAUGUGUCAAUCAAGGAACACAAACGAUGAUAUCUAUUUAUCUAUAAUAUCUGCAACAUAAUUAUCUCGUCACGAUUGACAGAUGCACCGUAUCAGAGUGAAGACGAGAUGGCCGAGGUGGCACCGAGAACUACUACGUUAUUAUACUUCCUUCUGUCAAAGAGUUAUUAUCCUCGUGAUCCUUCGAUUGUCGUGACAAUUUUUUACACUCUUUAAAUAUAUAUAUAUACAUAUACAUAUAUAUAUAUUUUUUUUUUGAGGAUGAUAUUAUCAUAAGAAUGUAGAUCAGUUCGUGUUAAAGGCCUAUCUUGGCCGAGUUUCCUUACACGAUUUUUUCCCAUACACACACACACAUACACACACACACAUAUUUAUAAUUUACAAUGAUGUAAGCAAGUGUAUAACACGCGUUUUACGAUAAAAAAAAAAAGAAGAAUCGUAUAAUAAGGUGAAAAAGGUGGUAAAAAAAAAUUUUGAAAAAUUUGUCAAAAGCCGCUCCCAAGAAGAAAAAAAAAUCCUUACCACGAGAAUAUAGGCGCGAUCCUUCCCUUUACUCGAUCGUCCUACUUUUUUAACUCCUCCACCCCCGCCCCUUCUCUUCCCACCUUCACCCCUCUCUCUCUCUCUUUCUCUCUCUCUCUCAUAUUCUCACUCUCCCUCUCUUAUCAAACAGUUCGUGCAUCUCUUCUAUGUGCAUUUCGAAUACACCAUGUUCUCGGUGUCCCAGUGUUCGUCGCACCCUCCAUUCGGUCAGAUGAUCGAACAAAAAUAGAAAAAAUAAUAAUUAAAAAAGUGUUCGAAAUAUUUCGGAUUCGUUUUAUUGAUAAUAAAAAAAAGUCCACCCCCUCAAAAAAAAAAAGUGUCUAGUCAAGUUUUUCAUUAUCGUGAUAGAAGAAAAAAAAGAUAAACAAAAAAUAACAGAAGGGGUGAAGGGAUAUAAAGAUUGUUUGAAUUAUUUAAAUAUUUGUCUGGAUGUAUGAGAAUAUACUCCAAAAAAAAAAAAAAGAAAGAAGGAAAAAUGAGUGUGAAAAUAAUGAAAGUAACUAUUACAACACGUGAUAACGUGUGAUUAUUCCAGGUAAAGGGUUUAUAUCCCUAUGCCGAUGACACGCUCGUCGUAUCUGAGCGUUGUGAUAAGUGUUAGUGGAUUAACGUGCAUGUAUGCAACCGGCAUUUAUUACGUAGUAUGUUGUUCCUGGAAGUUGUCCAAUAGUACACGAGGAGAAAGAUAGCAACAGCGAAAAUGGUUGAUCUAGAGGGUUACAUCAUUAUGUUGGCGAAUAAGAACGGGGAGAUGAAGUUGUACGGUUCUCGUGCGGAGAAAUCGGAUGGUUUGGAAUUCGACGACGAAAUUCUCCAAGUGAACGGCCGUACUCUACAAAAUGCAACCUAUGCGGAAGUCAUUCAGUAUAUACAUCAGUGCAUCAAAUCUCGCACGAUAUCUUUACGGUUACGUAGACGAAAGGAAAGCCGUAUCGAAGAGCUGGAUGGACCAAAUGCUGUACGGAUACGAGAUGGUUGGGUUAUUGCUGUUGAAAGAGGCGUAAGAGAAAGGUUGAAAGAGCUUGCUGCACUAAGAAGCAUCCAGUUACGGGAUAUCGAAGCCAUACUAGAUCAUCAGAUAAACGAGACCGGUGCAUCCACGAGCGAGGAAAGAACGAGAAAAGAUGUAACGAGUAAUCAGGUCACCGUGACCCUUGCGGAUGAGGAUGUGCGUAAUACGAACGCUUUCUUAUCAAAACUCAGUAACGGUACGAUACCAAAAGGAGUGAGCAAGGAUACUCAAGACACGAGAGAAGGGAAAAUUCAACAGGAACGUAAAGACGUCUCGGAGAAACAACAAAAUUCAUCGGAUGAAACUAAUCUAUUGCAACCGGUGCCGACCAGCAACAAGGUAGGGGAACGCCGUGCUAGCAGUCCCUUCCAAAAUGGCCGGACAGAGGUCCUGAUUGGAGAACCUGAGGGCGGCCCGAGGUCGCCAAGAGGAUCGACAUCUUCAGCGAUUAACGACGGCAAUUUUCUCAAUACACCGGACGAACGCGAAGCUAUUUUCAGCGAAUUCCUCGGAAGAUCUACGCAGACUGCCGACCAGACGAAAGUUCGCCGUGUUCUCAAGAGACGCAAUGCGAUUAGGUCUCGUCGACGUAGCGGUAGUGGUGCAUCAGAUAUACCGCAACAACAACAGCAACAACAGCAGGAAACGCAAGAGAACAACAACGGGAGUUCACGAGGAAAGAAAUUGCAGGAGGGAUUGGGUCCCGAUGAGAUGUGGGCUCCUGGUACCCUAGGCCAUCACCGGGAGCUACCAGUCGAUGUGCCCGACACCUUAUUACAGAAGGCAUAUCCCAAUAAGGCCGGUCUUAAUGGGGUCAAACCUGCCAUCCCGCCCAGAGAUCAAAAAAGGGCACCCGCUAGACCACCGAAGGAUAGUCUCAGACUUUCGAGCCAGAACAACAACGUUGAGAGCAACGAUUAUGCUAAUACCACUGAACCUACUCAACAGCAACUUCAUUCUAUUAGAAAAUAUCAGGAACAAUUGAGAAAACGAAAAGACGAAGAAGAGAGACAAGAAAUUUUGAAUCGAUCUUUACGUGGCUCAACGAAACUUAAAGCUUUAGAAAGUCAUGCAACUAAUCUUACUGGUCAAGAAAAUCUUGCUUAUGCUCAAGACGAAUUGGCAACUGCUGCCAAUCGUCCUGCUCCAGUCACACCUUCAGCACCCUUAACAUACGGUGAGGUCGUUGCCACGUUGGAAAGAUUGCAACUUCAAUUGCGAAAUAUUUCCGGAGCUUUAGGAAUUUCGGGUCCAAGCGUGGAAGCCGAACUCGAAGCAGUUCGGACGCUUUUGUUGAAAAGCAGAUUUGUAACUGCCGUAGCAACGCAUUAUGCCUUGAAAACGAGAUUCAGGUCGAACAAGGUUUUAAAACAUCAUGCAGAAGAUUCGUCGACGUUAGCUCGUGACUGCGUAGAUGUAUUAGAAAAAUGGCAAUCAUCGUCAACACCAACGGAUGUCGGUACGGCAGAAACCAUGGCUGCCGUGGAAGAACUGACGGGUAUAUUAACGAGUUACGACAUGGAAGCAUUACUUAUAGCACACGAUUCAAUAAUAUCAUACGUGGAAGGUUUCCAAAGAAAACACAGUCCUUCUUCAUCGUCACCAAGUGGUCCACCAAGUCCUACGUCAAGUUGGAGAGAAUCACGUGUAGAUAACAUCAAAAUAAUUAAGAUUGAAAAAACUAACGAACCAUUGGGUGCUACUGUUAGAAACGAUGGUGAUGCCGUUAUCAUAGGUCGAGUUGUUCGUGGUGGUGCAGCAGACAAAUCCGGACUUUUACACGAGGGAGACGAAGUUUUGGAAGUUAAUGGUGUUGAAAUGCGUGGCAAAAGUGUUAACGAAGUUUGCGACAUUUUAGGUGGCAUGCAGGGUAGUCUUACGUUUUUGGUAUUACCGGCACCAACGAAUUAUCGUAAUAAUUUGAACAGUAGAAAGGAAGACACUAAUCAGAUACAACACAUACGCGCACAUUUUGAUUACGAUCCCGAAGAAGAUCCGUAUAUACCAUGCAGAGAACUCGGAGUUAGUUUUCAAAAAGGUGACGUAUUGCAUGUGAUUUCUCAGGAGGAUCCAAAUUGGUGGCAGGCUUACAGAGAAGGUGAAGAGGAUCAAACGUUAGCUGGUCUUAUACCCAGUAAAGCUUUUCAACAUCAACGUGAAUCAAUGAAGCAGACGAUAGCUGGUGGAAAAUCAACGGUCAGAGGUUCGAAGAAAUCGAGUACUUUAUUGUGCGCGAGAAAAAAUCCAAAGAAAAAAAAACGAAACAAAUUAGGUGCCAAUUUCAACGACGACGGUUAUCCCCUUUAUGCAACUACUACCAUAGAUGAUUACGAUAGCGAAGAAGUAUUAACUUACGAAGAAGUUGCACUUUAUUAUCCAAGAGCUAAUCAUAAGAGGCCUAUCGUUCUUAUUGGUCCUCCUAAUAUCGGUAGACACGAAUUGAGACAAAGAUUGAUGCAAGACAGCGAACGUUUUGCUGCAGCUAUUCCUCAUACGAGUCGUCCAAGAAAAGAUUCCGAAGUUGAUGGUCAAGAUUAUCACUUCAUUUCUCGUUCACAAUUCGAAUCCGAUAUACUUUGUCGUAAAUUCGUGGAACAUGGUGAAUAUGAGAAAGCAUAUUACGGUACAUCAGUUGAGGCAAUAAGAUCCGUAGUUAAUUCUGGAAAAAUUUGCGUAUUAAAUCUACAUCCGCAAAGUUUGAAGAUAUUAAGAAGUUCGGAUUUAAAACCAUACGUUGUAUUCGUGGUACCUCCUAGUCUCGAAAAGUUACGACAAAAACGUAUUAAAAAUAACGAAAGUUUUAAGGAAGAAGAAUUAAAGGACAUUAUUGAAAAGGCACGUGAAAUGGAAGACAAAUAUGGCCAUUUAUUCGAUAUGAUCAUAAUCAAUAAUGAUACUGAUCGUGCAUAUAAUCAAUUACUCACCGAAAUCAAUUCGUUAGAAAGAGAACCACAGUGGGUGCCUGCGUCUUGGAUUCAGUAAUGAAUGAAUUAUUAUUAUUAUUAUUAUACUGAAACGGACGAAGAAUGUGUCUUACAAAUAUUAGAUCAUUAUCAAAUGCCAUCGAUGCGAGUUUUUAUGGCACGUUACUAAAUUCCGAUAUAUAGAGACAUAUAAUAAUAAAUAAUAAUAAUAAAUAAAUAAAUAAAUAAAUAAUAAUAGUAAUAAUAGUAAUCAAUAAAAUCGAUUAUUUCGUUGAUAAUCGUUAACGAUACGAUUUACGAAUUAAUAAAACAAGUACUAUAAUAAUAAUAAUAUGAUCUUAAUAAACAAUUUGACGGAUCAUAACGAUAAUUCAAAUCUUAAAUAAGUUCCUGAUGAUUAAAACAAACGAUUAAUAUCGUAAAACACAUAAUUAAUGCGUAAUCACGUGAUGUCACGUUAACUUCAAAAUA